AUGGACGACGUACCGUCCGAGAUCUCGGUCCUCACGCUCAACUGCUGGGGCCUCAAGUAUAUCUCCGAGCUGCGCCGAGAGCGGCUGGCCGAGAUUGGCCGCCAGAUCGCCGUGGCCGACCCCGAGCCGCACAUUGUCGCACUACAAGAACUGUGGACGCAGGAAGACUACCGCUCCGUCCGCCGCCAGACGCGCCACAAGCUGCCCUAUGCCAAGUUCUACUUCAGCGGCCCCUUUGGCGGCGGCCUGGCCAUCCUGUCGCGCUGGCCCAUCGAGGAGAGCACCAUGUUCCGCUACCCCCUCAACGGCCGCCCCACCGCCUUCUUCCGCGGCGACUGGUUCGUCGGCAAGGGCGUUGCCCACGCCCGUAUCCGCUACGGCCCUGCCCCCAAGCACGUCGUCGACGUCUUCAACACCCACACCCACGCCCCCUACGAGCACGGCCCCAACGAUUCGUACCUGGCUCACCGGCUCGCCCAGGCCUGGGAGAUGUCCAAGUUGCUGCGUGCCGCUUCCGAGCGCGGCAGUCUGGUACUCGCCCUCGGCGACUUCAACAUGGUGCCGCUCUCGCUCGAGCACCGCCUGAUCACCGCCCAUGCACCCGUCCGCGACACGUGGCGCAUCCUGCACCCGGACUCGUCCGUCGGGCCCGCCGACCACCCCCCGGAGCGGGCCCGCCGGCGCCCCAUCCCCACGGCCGAGUUCAAUAUCCGCGAGAACGGCGCCGCCUCGGACGGUCCCUACAACACGUGGCGCUGGCCAAAAGCCCAGCAAAAGCGUCUGGGCGUCGGGAAGCCCGACCUCCCCGUGUCCCCCGACACCAUCGACAGCCGCGGCAAGCGCCUCGACUACGUCUUUGCCGGGUGCGGCGACGUGGCCGCGCUCGGCGGCGGCUGGGUGGUGAGCCGCGUGAGCGUCGGCAUGAUGAUGCGCCACCCCGAGCUCGGCUGCUCGCUCAGCGACCACUUUGCCGUCGAGGCGACGCUGGUCUUUCACCCCCUGGACCCUGCCAACGCCCCGCAACCGCACCACUACAACCACGCGGCAGACAAGUCGGCAGCGAUGGGCCUCACAGCAACAACAACAACAACAACAAACACGACGGCAACGGCCAACACCCCAUCUACCCCCAACCCCCGACAGCAGCCCCUACACCAAGAAAAGCAGCAACACCCAGACGACGGGUCCACGAUCCUCGACGACAAGCAAGACGACGCGCUGCACAACGGGACGUACCUGCAGUCGCCGCGGACGAGCUCGGUGCGGGGCCCGCACAGCUUCGACAGCCAGCUGCUGGCGGCGGUGCGGUCGCCGGUCGAGCCGCUACCAGCAUCAGCAUACGACGAGGUGCUGGCGGCGACGCGGUGGUACGCGGCGCGCGAGCGGGCGCAGAAGCGGUGGCGCGGCGCGCACUUCUUCGCGGCGGUGGCGGCGGCCGUCGGCGCGUGGGUCGCCGUGUGGUUUAGCCCGCACAACUGGGUGUCGUUCCUGCUGAUGCUGCUCCUCGGCAGUCUCGGUCUUGUUGCUGGCACCGUCGACGGCCUUCUGGCCCUGCUCUUCUUCAAGAGCGAGCUGCGCGCCCUCCGCGAGUUCGAGUGGGAGAUAGUCAACGCCAAGGCCGCACUUGCUGCCGCCGGCGGGGGCCCGCCCGUGCCAGUGUCUGAUGAUGAUGGCCAUGACGACGAAGGCGACAACAGGGGGUGGUGA